CGUCGCUCCAGUGGCCUUGUCUUCGUCUUUCUCUUGUGCUUGCGCGGACGUCGCCUGGCUCCCGGCAGACUCCUGGUCCGCCGUCUUUUCGAGACCAAACACCAUGCCUUCAAUUAAGUUACAGAGUUCUGAUGGAGAAAUAUUUGAAGUUGAUGUAGAAAUUGCCAAACAAUCUGUGACCAUCAAGACCAUGUUGGAAGAUUUGGGAAUGGAUGAUGAAGGAGAUGAUGACCCAGUUCCUCUACCAAAUGUUAAUGCAGCAAUAUUAAAAAAGGUCAUUCAGUGGUGCACCCACCACAAGGAUGAUCCUCCUCCUCCUGAGGAUGAUGAGAACAAAGAAAAACGUACAGAUGAUAUUCCUGUUUGGGACCAAGAAUUCCUGAAAGUUGACCAAGGAACACUUUUUGAACUUAUUCUGGCUGCAAACUACUUAGACAUCAAAGGUUUGCUUGAUGUCACAUGCAAGACUGUUGCCAAUAUGAUUAAGGGGAAAACUCCUGAGGAGAUUCGCAAAACUUUCAACAUUAAGAAUGACUUUACUGAAGAGGAGGAAGCCCAGGUACGCAAAGAGAACCAGUGGUGUGAAGAGAAGUGAAAUGUGCCUGACACUGUAACAUUACAAGGAUUGUUCCAAAUACUAGUUGCACUGCUCUGUUUAUAAUUGUUAAUAUUAGACAAACAGUAGACAAAUGCAACAGCACAUCAAUUGUAUUAGCGUAAUAUUGUCCUCAUUGCAUGUGUAGUUUGAAUACACAUCCCAAACUUUGGCUGAGUUUCUUCUAGUCCGAGUGAAAGCUUCUCUUUUCUGAAUAAAACAAUUGUGGGUUCUCUGUGGAAAGUGGCAUUUUAGGAUUUCUUUCUGUAAGAGCAAUUUCUGCCUAGUUUAUUGUCUAGUUAACUUUAGUUAAGCUUGCAGAAGUUGGCAUUGUAAAUAGGACAGGUUGCAACAAGGUUUCUGAUAGAAUUAACAAACUAUAUCUUUAUUCACAAAUUGGAAACUAGAAAAAGGCUACUUGAAGUUAAUGUUCUUAGAGGGGUUUUUCGUAUAUUGUCUAGAGUCUAGCCAGGACCAUUGGUAUGCAUGAUGUAGGGCUCUUAGUUGGACCUGAGGACUCUUUAUUUCACCUAAUUUUUAAUCUCAACUUUGAAUACGUUGCCUAGAGAUUCAGUUACUAUCAAGUUUAGAUAGUGUUUGGGGGGGAGAAAUGUAACUAGACAACUGGUUAGCUUUUUGAUUAAAAGCACUUAAUUUA